AUGUGCUCCAAUUUACAAUCUUGCAAUAAAAGGCGAUUGGAAGGAAGCAAGAACCAUGAUUGAUGCAGAUAGAAGGUUGGCGAGUGCUGCAAUCUCACAGGGAUGGGCCACACUACUUCAUGUGGCUGCGGAAGCAAAUCACUUUCAUUUUGUAGAGGAGUUGCUGAAACUACUGAGCGAAAAAGAUUUAGAACUUCAAGAUCACAAAGGUAACACUGCUUUCUGUUUUGCUGCUGCAGUUGGUAAUGUAAGAAUUGCAGAGGCUAUGUUAAGAAAAAAUAAGAGGUUGCCAACUAUAAGGGGUGGGGAAGGACUCACCCCACUUCACAUGGCUGCAUUGCAAGGAAAAAGUGAAAUGGCACGCUACCUCUACCCUCACACUGUCCAAAACCACCACCACAAGUUUGAUGAUGAAGAUUGGAACUUAUUGUUCUUCUUUUCUAUCACCACCGGCAUUUAUGAUUUAGCUUUAAAGAUAUUACAAGAGAAUCAGAUGUUAGCCGUGGCUCGGAAUGAGAAAAAGGAAACGGGCUUGCAUGUUUUGGCCCGAAAGCCUUCUGCAUUUAGUUGUCGAGGACCAAAUCAGCUCAUAAACUCACGUAAGAAUCCAACUUUGGCACUCCAACUUGUGAGGUGUCUCUGGGAAACCCUUCUUGAGCUUGAUUGCGAAGAGAUACAAAUGAAAAGAGUGAUAAGUGAACCAUCUCAAGUAAUAUUCAUAGCCGCAGAAGUUGGAAACUUUGAGGUUUUGGCUGAGCUAGUUAGAUCUUACCCGGAUCUCGCAUGGGAAGUUGAUGCAGAAAAUCGAAGCAUCAUUCACAUAGCUGUUUUACACCGCCAUGCAGCCAUAUUUAAUCUAAUAAAUGAAAUAAGAACUAUCAGGAAUUUUGUAGUAACAUACGAGGAUGAUGACCAAAACAAUUUACUGCAUUGUGCUGCAAAAUUAGCACCACCAAGCCAACUUAACUUGGUGUCUGGAGCUGCUUUUCAGAUGAUGCACGAGCUACGGUGGUAUGAGGUAUCUCAUUAAUUUCUAUAUCUCAUGCAUGUUGCCCAAACUUCUCUUUGUUUUCUAU